AGCGUUGACAGAGGUGUAUGUGAAGCUUGCGUAACGCGCCCUCUGGUGAGAGAAUGGAUACGAGAAGGCGAAUAAGGAAAUAGAAUAACUUCAGCAACCCACGCCAUGGAUUUUGAAAUUGAAAAGGUCUGCGCAUUAAAAUGGAAAAUGUCAAUCUUCUACACAGACAUACGAAUCCUACUCCUCUUAGUACACAUAAUUCACGGACGAGAAAUUUUCUACCCGGUUCAGUCCUGCACCGACAUCACGCUGGCACAAAUCCCAGAGGAGGUGUAUCAGAAAUGUCUAGAAAAUGACCGGGUCAUUCACUGUUUGCCAAAUGACGACGACGUGUUGGGACUUAGCUGUUUCUCUAUUGUCUGGAUAGCAAAAGGUAAAUGUCCGUAUUACAACAAUUAUCAAGGAAACCUGGAUGAGAAGCCAUGCACAGGGGAUGCUGAACUUUGCCCUCCAAAACAGUUCAAGUCUCCAUCGUCAGUCUUAUACAAAGGUUGUUAUAUAAAAGAACCAACAACAAGAGCGACACCUACCAUAGCAACGACAACACAUAAUGAAACCAUGCUGGAAAUGACUUCUUCUUUAACAGAAACCGGUAUUGAAUUUUCUUUAUCAUCUCUAUUCUUUUAUUUUUUAUGUCUCCGUUUGUUUGUCGCUGUGUUGAAGGUCCAUUACAUUCCAUCAUAUUAACUCACCCCUUCAUGCACCUCAUUUCGGUCAGUCAAAUAUAUUUGUGUGCAAAUCAGUCGAGCGCGGGUAGUCAUUCAAACAACGCCUAUCAUUGGAAACCACAUUUUGAAGAUAGUUUUAAUAUUUCGGUGCUCAGAAACUAUCAACACAAGUUUACAGAUUUUCACCAGUUACGUAUGGGGUGCUUUUGAGGUAAGUUUUAUUAUGUAUUUUAUAUAUAAAUACGUUGUGUUGAAAUAUUCAGUGUAUUUUUCCUUAUAAAUUCAGUAUUGUGAUGUGAGUAUUAUUGCAUUUAAAUGGUAGUAAUAAAAUGUAUUGUGAAAUACGUUCGAUAUACAUUUAAAGUACAAGUUCAAUAUUAUGUGUAUGUACUUUGUAUAUGGCUGUUUACCAGUAUUUGAGAGUGUUCGAGUGGCUAUCUACACUAUUGUGUGUAUGUAUAUGGCUGUUUACCAGUAUUUGAGAGUGUUCGAGUGGCUAUCUACAAUAUUGUGUGUAUGUAUAUGGCUGUUUACUAGUAUUUGAGAGUGUUCGAGUGGCUAUCUACAAUAUUGUGUGUAUGUAUAUGGCUGUUUACCAGUAUUUGAGUGUUCGAGUGGCUAUCUACACUAUUGUGUGUAUGUAUAUGGCUGUUUACUAGUAUUUGAGAGUGUUCGAGUGCCCAUCUCGUAUCAUACAGUGUGUAAUGCAUGGUGUUAUAUCCUCGUAAUAGAGAGUGUUUGGUGAUCUGUAGAUUGUGAUCAUCGUUCCUAAUAUAUAGGCCGUAUUUUGUUCAGUGUUCCUCGUAUUUGGGGCCGUGCAUUUUGUAUUGUGUCCGUCUUUAUUUGUGGCGACAGAAUUUUAAAUAUGAGUUUCCUAUCAUCAGGUUCUUAAUAUUAAGCAAGUAAACGAGGGCUGUCAGUAGCAAAGGACUGUAGGACAUCGCUGUGCCAGAAACCCUCGCGUCUUGGACCCAUUCUAGACGGAAGUUAUGAGAAGGAUCCAGAGACGUGAGAUAGCAGUGACUGAUUUAUAUCUUUGUAUUUAUAUUGAAAUGAAAUAUCUUUAUAUCUGUACAUAGUAAAUGGAUUGAAUCUUAA